AUGCCAAAACCACAAGUAUUGCAGGCCAACCUACAGUUCAUACAGCACAGAGCUGCCUUAGCCAAGGCAUUUCCGCGUCACAUGCAGCAGCAACAGGUUACGCCGGUUCCAUCCGCACCUCCCAUCAUGGCAACCAGCACUUCCGCAGUAGUCCCCCAACCAAGUUUUCACGGUGACUACGAAAAGGAGGAAGAACCUAUCAAUUGGAUAAGAAAAUAUCAACUAUCAUUGCCGCCUUCAUACUCAGAUGCAGAUAAGAUCGCCUGGUUUGAACUGCAGUGUGCAGCAGCGAGCCCGGCAGAAGAAUGGUUCACGAGCUUACAAGCAAUGGAUAAGGCAACCUGGGUAACAUUUUUAGCAGCAUUCAAGAUACGGUGGCCUCCACCAGUCCAUGCGAAGCUCACAGUCACCCAGAAGAAGGAACAUCUCAAGUCUGUCAUACUGAAGGAGGAGGACAUUGGAGUCAUGAUUGAGAAGGACAGAGGGUGGGACUGGGGCCAUGUAAAGUGGGCCAAGCAGGUCGCGCAAAUGGCACAAGGGUUUGGUGAUGCACACUGCCACUUCCUAGAUGUAGUUCUGGAAAACACACUUGAAGUUUUGCGGGACUUCCUUGCAGAUCACUAUACUACAUGGGCGGAAUUUGAGGCUGACGUGGCAAAAACCUCUGCAUCCCAGCUCAUGAGGGCAAAGCAACGCAUUGCAAAUGAUCGAAAACUCCAAGAAGAUGUUGACAAACUACAGAACCAGACGUCGAGCACCCGCAAAACAACAGAUCCAUCAUCAUCCCAAGCUACGCAACCUUCAUUCUCCCUCCCAGCCACCUAUUGCUAUGGACCUCGUUAUAUUCCUAACCCAACCAUCCCACCACAGCCGGCACCUCCAUACCAGACAAUACCACCAGCCCCAACGCACGCACAACCACUCCCAGCAGCACCAGCCCCCCAAACCCCCCAGAACCCGUUUAGCGGGACAGUGCCAGUACCCAGAACAAACCUUUUCUACGGUUUUCGGGGAGGAUACCUGCAAACACCAUCGCGUGGAAGGGGGGCCUCAGGAGCAGAUUGUGCAUGA